ACACCGUAGUGACAGUCGACAUUCUGCUUCAAGUCACUGUAGCUAACCGCCGUUCGCGGCCGCAGUGAAGUUGCACGUUCCUUUGUUGCCACAUCUGUUGCCACCCUGGGAGAUGGAUCUGUUUUUGGAUACGGCGAUCUGGAAAAUGGACGCAUUUGAAGCAAAUUCGGGCUCUGAUGAGCGGUGUCAUUGAUGCGAUUAUGUCAGAUGGAUCGCUGCCGACAUGGUGGUGGAAGCGUCACCCAAGAUCAGUUUAGGAAUGUGCAGCAGGCCACCUCGCCACCCUGCCCAUGCUGCGAUUUGUGACGGAUCUAUUGCUGCAGCUGUUUCGCCCUGCGGGCGCCUAACCCUCCAGGGGCCAGCGGUGGAGAAUGGUGCUACAUUGAGCGGCGAGCGGGUUGUGCUGCUUGGCAAGUGCUUUGUUGCGUAGCUGGUGCAUGUGGCAGCUGGGAAGUGGGCUGAGCGAAAAGGCGUGGGGAUUCUGCGGUGCGCGCUGCUCCUUUGCCUUUCCUGUGUGAGUGACCAUGGGCAAAUAGGUUUUUGUUGUCUUGGCGCGAGAAUGGCUGUUGUAACGCACGCUGACCAAGAACAAUCCGGUGUUGGAUGGCUUUUGCUUUUGCUGGCAGUGGCCGAUUUGGAAGCCCUUGGAAAUGAGCGCAUGCUGCCAAAGCAAAGGUGCAAACAGUGCGGGAGUAUGUGGCCAAGCUUGGCAAACGAUCGCCCAGACAAUGGCAAAAAGGUUGUUUGUCAGGUGUCCAGUGCCUUCCAGUUUGAGUGACUGUCACCAAUUGCAAUGGUGACGUUCUCAAUGCAAGAAACUUCUGCUAAAACUAACGUUUCGCCAGUUUGUCUAAGAUUUCAAAUGGGCCCAAAAAUGAUCUGUUUUCCAUUUUUUUGUUUGCAAUUUCUUCAGUUUUUAUUGCUCACAUCCUGCCCAAAUCCCUGAUUACUUUUGGUCCAUUUCUGUUGGUCGAAUCCCCAAGUGUUCUUGCUUAAACAUUUGUUUUGGUUGCUAAGACCCUUAUGUUGUUGUUGGUUACGGUUAAACCAACAGUUAAACCCCAAUUCAGUGUUGCAUCAACCCACAAUUCAUCAUUCUGCUGGGUGAAAUCUCCAUGUUUAAUGGUUAAAUCCACCAUCUUGCGCCACUUUCGCUGUCGAGGCUUGCCUUGUCAUGGCCACCUGCGUUUGGCCAAAACGCGCCUGGCUUUCGCCCGUGAAGCGUCGCGCAGUCGUGGCCGGCUGGGUGGCCACCAGCCUGGGCGAAACGCGGCCGGCGGCGGCCGGCGAAGGCGAUGGCAAGCGUCGCAACCUGGACGCCAGCGAGCUGGCGAAGAUCGUGAAAAACGACCUGGUCCAGCGGCAGUUCCUGGCCACCGCGGACUUUACACCGGAUAUUUAUGAUGAGAGCUGUACUUUCACAGAUGAGAUCGACACGUACCAAAAGGACAAGUUCAUCAAAGGCACCAAGGCCCUCUUCGUGGGCUCCGAAUCGCAAGUUGAACUCCUGGGCGAUGUAGAUGUGCUGGAGAAUGGGAAGAAACUGCAGUUUCGAUUUCAAGAGACCCUAGCGUUCAACUUCCCGGUGGUGCAUCCAAAGGUCAGUCUGUCCGGGACCUGCACAUUGACUCGUGGAGAGGAUGGCUUAAUCGUGGCGUACAAGGAGAAAUGGGACCAAUCUGUGCCCGAGGUAUUGGCCACAACCAAAUUCUAGCGAAUGGCUUCGAAGAAAAAGGAAGA